AUGCGGAGCCCGGCGCCAUGGCCCCCUGGCCUGUGGCCCUGCUCCUGCUCAGCCUGGUGGGGCUGGCGCAUUCGGAGAGUCGUGAGGAGGAGCCGGGGCGGAGCCGGCGGGGGGCGGGCGGCCGAACCCCCCCCCGGGGCCAAGUGCACCUACACGUUCAUCCUGCCGCAGCAGAAGUUCACGGGGGCCGUGUGCUGGAGCAGCGUGCGAGCCGCCCCCGAGCCGCCGGUGCCCAACGGCAGCGAGACGCGGGCGCUGCAGGAGGUGCUGGGCCGGCAGCAGGCCGAGCUGCAGCGGUUGCGGGGGCUGGUGGAGGUGGACGGCGCCCUGGUGAGCGAGGUGAAGGCCCUGCGCAAGGAGAGCCGCGCCAUGAACGCCCGCGUGGGCCAGCUCUACGCCCAGCUGCUGCACGAGAUCCUGCAGCGGCGCCAGCCCGGGCUGCUGGCCCAGCUCGAGGGACGCGUGGCCAACGCCUCGGACCAGGCGCUGCGGCUGGCCGCCGGCUACCGCCAGCUGGAGCUGCGCUACCAGGCGCUGGCCGCCCUCGUCAACAACCAGAGUGCCCUCAUCGCGCGGCUGGAGCGGUGGUGCCAGGGGGGCGCCGGGCCGCCCCCCCCACAGCCCCCCCUGGUGCCGGUCGUGCCCCCCCGCCUGUCCGGCAUCGCCAACGAGAGCCGGGCGUAUUUUGAUGCCGCCGCCCAGCUGCAGAUGGACCAGACGGAGCCAGCGCCCCCCACGCUGCCCCCCAGGGCCCCGGGGCCCUGGCGUGACUGCCUGGAGGCGCGGCGCAGCGGGCACGAGGCCAGCGGGGUGUAUGAGGUGCAGCCGGCGGGCGCGGGCCAGUCCCUGCAGGUCUGGUGCGAGCAGGAGCUCGAGGGUGGGGGCUGGACCGUGAUCCAACGGCGCCAGGAUGGCUCUGUCAGCUUCUUCACCACCUGGCACGACUACAAGCACGGCUUCGGGACGCUGGACGGCGAGCACUGGCUGGGCCUGGAGAGCACCCGCCGGGUGACAGGGCAGGGCCCGGGGCCCUACGUGCUGCGGGUGCUGCUGGAGGACUGGGCGGGGCACCAGGCAUACGCCCACUACGACCACUUCGCCCUGGAGCCCGAGAGCGACUCCUACCGGCUGCGGCUGGGCCGGUACCGCGGCAGCGCCGGGGACUCGCUGGCCUGGCAUGACGGCCGCCCCUUCAGCACGCUGGACCGGGACCAUGACGCGUACAGCGGGAGCUGCGCCCACUACCACAAGGGCGGCUGGUGGUACAACGCCUGCGCCCACUGCAACCUCAACGGGGUGUGGUACAAGGGCGGGCACUACCGCAGCCGCUACCAGGACGGCGUCUACUGGGCCGAGUUCCGCGGCGGCGCCUACUCCCUGCGCAAGGUGGUGAUGAUGGUCCGGCCCGCGCUGCCCGCCCCCGAUGCCGCCUGAUACCUGAACCCCCGGAGCCACCUGUCCCCAACAUCGCCUGACGCCUGAACCCCCGGAGCCUCCCGCCCCUGCCGCUGCCUGAUGCCUGAACCUCCGACGCCGCCCGCCCCCAACACCUGAACCUCCGACGGCGCCUGAGCCCCGGAGCCACCCGCCCCCGAUGCCGCCUGACCUCCCGCAGCUGCCCCCCCCCGAUGCCUGAGCCCCCAGAACUGCCUGACGCCCGAGCCCCCGGAACCACCCCUCCAUGAUGCACGAGCCCCUAGGCCACCAGCCCACACCUGCGCCACGGGAGCCAUCGUGAUGCCCGAGCCCCCGGAGCUGGCGGAGGGAGGGAUCUGGCCCAGGUUCCUCCCAGACACCGUGGAGGGCAGGGAAUCGACAGGGGGCAGCAGAGCAGCCACUGGGCAGGGCUCCCUGUGCCACCCGGUCCCCGCGCCCGGCCCCGCCAGCCCCACAGCGCCCGGGUCGCCGGCUCUGCCAGGUCCCCGCGCCCGGCCCCGCCAGCCCCACAGCGCCCGGGAUGCCAGCUCGGCCAGGUCCCCGCAUCCGGCCCCAGCCCCCCAGCGCCCAGGACGCCAGCUGUGCCAAACAUUCUUUAUUCAGUUUAUAAAAAGGCAGCUAAGAAACUGUAACCACGGUGACGGGCGUCUCCCAGAAACCCCCACGCGGGGCGGCAGGGGAGGACGGGCACUUAGGGUUAAAGCUGACUCGUGCCCGGAGCAGACAGACACAGGACAGACAGGCUGGCACAGCCAAGCCUGCUGCGGAAAGGGACGAGGGCAGCGUCUUUGGCAGGGCCACGGGGAGACUUGUCCCCUGCGCCCGCCCUGCUUGGUCCCAGGGGCAGCCGGCCUACCCCCGUCCAGCCGCUCGGCUUUGGUCAAUGCUGCAAGCCCAGGGCCAGGGCCAGCAGCAGCUCGUUGAAAAUACAGAGCUACAAGGGAGCCGGCAAUCAGCCGAAAUCCAGGCCCUGACUCCCGGGAUCGGGGAGGGGACCCCGGGGCACUCCAGACCCUGGUUCUGUAAGAGUUACACAAAGAGGAAAAGAUCCGGUGCCAGGCCCUGCGCCCGCGGGCCCCGGCAGCACCAGGCCGGCGUGCAGCUUCCCCCAGGGCUGGGCAGAGACAGGCCCCCGCCCCGCCCCAGAGAGGGCCCCCACCUGCUCCGAGGAGCGGGGUUGGCCUGGCCGGGCGAGAAAAGCCGAGAGAAGGAUAAAGUGCAAACAGAGCCCUGGGGCGGAGGGGCCCAGGGCCAGCAGGGCGCUAGUCCUCGGAGCCCUCGCUCUCUUCCGCCAGGUCUUCCAGGAGGAGCUCGUCCAGGUCGCACUGCGCCAGGCUGCCCUGGCUCAGGCAGGUGGCCACGGUGGAGCCGGUGCUCUGGUGCUCCAGGCUGGCAAACAGCACCUUGGGGAGUCUGUUCUUGGCGCGGCUGCGGGGGUGGACGCAGUGGGUGCCGGGCACAUGGGGCUCUGCCGGGGGAAGGGAGGAGUGUCACACGGGGCAGCAGCUGGGGCUUGUGAGGCGCUGCUCCCAAGUUACCAAGGGGAAACUGAGGCAGAGACUCGCGUUGGUGGCAAAGCCAGGGAUAGAACCCAGGUGUCCGAGCUCCCAGCUCCCCCCUGCUCUGACCUGCUAGACCCCACUGCCCUCCCCAAGCCGGGGAUAGAACCAAGGAGUCCUGGCUCCCAGCCCCCCACACAGCCCCUCACCUCGGCGGUUGUAGCAGUCCUCAGCGUAGCAAGAGUGGGGGUUGCGGCUCCGGGCCCCGGCAACCUGGUGCGGUGAGAGGAUGCGAUCGGGCAGCACGCGGGUGCUGCAGAUGAAGCAGGGAGAGGCCAUACCCAUCUGCGCUGAGCCCCUGGCAGGAAGAGAACGGGGGGGGGGAGGGCUGUGAGUCACGCUCUCCCCCAGAGCCGCUGGCUGGAGCCUGCCAGUGCUCCCCCUCCUGCCCCAUGGCAGGGGCAGGCCAUGGGGAGACCCCCCCCCUCACCUGAAGCUGCGGUUGCAGGAGGGGCAGUGGAACUCGGCUGUGCCCCACAUCUUGUCGUAGGGCACCGGGUCGUAGCGCUUCCCACACAGCCGGCACCGGGACACCUGUGGGGGGCCCCAGAGAGUGAAUGUCCUGGGCCACAGCUUGCCCCGCCCCCCACCGCCAGCCCCGGCAGACGCACCUGCUUUCUCUCGGGCACACGGCGCCACCAGGCGCUGUCGCAGGCCUGGCAGGCGAACUGGCGCUCGGCCGAGGGGAUGAGGUUGCGUCUGGCGUGGUCGAACAUGCGCAGGUUCCGCUCCGUCAGGGGCAGCACCUUCAGCUGCUGGGCUAUGGCCUGGGGGGCAGAGGCCGGGGGGCAGCAUGACGACCAGGGGCUCAGGUCACCUGCGUUCUCCUCCCUCCUCUGCUACUGAGGUGCUGGGCAAACACGUCCCUCCUCAGUGCCUCCUUUCCCUUCCACCCGCCUCUGUUCAGAUGGCGACAUGCCCAGGGGUGGGCUCGCUCUGGGUCUGGGCAGAGCCUGGCAUGACGGGGCCCCAAUCUCAGCCGGGGUCUGGGCAGCGCCCGGCCCGACAGGGCCCCGAUCUCGGCCGGGGUCUGGGCAGCGCCCGGCCCGACGGGGCCCCGAUCUCGGCUGGGGUCUCUAUUCGCCACAGUAGUAGCAGCGAAAGGAAAGAUCUACGAGGAGCAGGGAGGCAAAGUCUUGGUCCCUGUGGGUCCCAUGGGCCCGGCCCCCCUCACCUCGAUGUCCUUGUCGCUCUCACAGUCGAGGCUGGGUUUCUGCACAGGGGGAAGAGAUAAGAAAUAAAGUUAAAAUGCAAAUAA